AAACCAACAAAGACGAAACACUUCACACGAAGCACUGAGGGAGAGAGAGAGAGACGGAGAGAAUGAGAGAGCCUUCGUCGGUGGGAUUGGAUGGGAACGGCGUCGUAUCUUCGCUGACGGCGCCACCACAGCAUCUGCUUGAGAGGCUCAAGGAUUAUGGUCAGGAGGACGCUUUUGCCCUCUGGGACGAGCUUUCCCCGGGAGAACGUGACCUACUUGUUAAGGACAUCGAAAAUGUAGAUCUCCCGAGGAUUGACCGGAUUAUCCGAUGUUCACUUCGAUCUCAAGGACUACCUGCAGCUGCCAUUGAGCCGGUGCCAGAGAGUACCGUGUCGACGGUGGAGGAGCGAACCAUAGAAGAAAGAGAGCGAUGGUGGAAGAUGGGUUUAAAGGCUAUAUCAGAUGGGAAGUUAGCUGUAUUGCUUUUAUCGGGUGGCCAGGGGACGCGCCUUGGAAGUUCAGAUCCAAAAGGAUGUUUCAAUAUUGGACUUCCAUCGGGAAAGUCACUUUUCCAACUGCAAGCAGAGCGAAUUUUGUGUGUACAGAGACUGGCUGCGCAAGCUACAAAUGAGAGUUCUACUUCUUCAGUGCAAAUACACUGGUACAUCAUGACUAGUCCAUUCACUGAUGAUGCAACACGGAAAUUCUUUGAAAGUCAUAAAUUUUUUGGUCUUGACCCAGACCAAGUUACCUUCUUCCAGCAAGGGACCAUCCCUUGUGUUUCCAAGAGCGGUAGAUUUAUAAUGGAAACUCCAUACAGAGUAGCUAAGGCUCCUGAUGGGAAUGGUGGAGUAUAUUCAGCUCUGAAAUAUUCGAGGUUAUUGGAAGAUAUGGCCUCAAGAGGAAUUAAGUAUAUUGAUUGCUACGGAGUUGAUAAUGCGCUGGUCCGAGUUGCUGAUCCAGCUUUCCUGGGUUACUUCAUUGAUAAAGGAGUAGCUGCUGCAGCCAAAGUUGUCCGCAAGGCAUAUCCCCAAGAAAAGGUUGGUGUAUUUGUACGUCGAGGGAAAGGUGGACCUCUUACUGUAGUUGAAUACAGUGAGUUGGAUCCAUCUCUAGCUUCUGCGGUCAAUCAAGAAACUGGCCGUCUUCGUUUUUGUUGGAGUAAUGUGUGCUUACACAUGUUCACUCUGGAUUUUCUGAACCAAGUCGCUAAUGGCCUUGAGAAAGACAGCAUUUACCAUCUUGCAGAGAAGAAAAUCCCUUCCAUACAUGGAUUUACAAUGGGAUUAAAACUGGAACAGUUCAUAUUUGAUGCAUUUCCAUAUGCUCCUACGACUGCACUUUAUGAGGUACUACGGGAAGAAGAAUUUGCACCAGUGAAAAAUGCAAAUGGAUCCAAUUUUGACACUCCAGAUAGUGCUAGACUUCUUGUUCUUAGACUCCAUAGUCGUUGGGUGGUUGCUGCUGGUGGCUUCUUAACUCACUCGGUGCCGUUAUAUGCAACUGGUGUUGAAGUCUCGCCAUUGUGUUCAUAUGCCGGAGAAAAUCUAGAACCUAUCUGUCGAGGAAGAACAUUCCAUGCGCCUUCUGAGAUUACAUUCUAGUUCUAGUCUGUGCUCCUAAUUUUUGCGGCCUUCUUGUGAGCUUGUACCAUGAGUUCUUUUUCUCGUACAUAUAACCAAACAAAUUUGUGCAUGCUAAUUGUCAUUCGCUUGUACAAUUAUCAAUAUAUGUUUCUUCUCCAAUCUGCUUGAUUGGAUAAUGAAUAUAUGGUUAUGCCUCAUGAUUUUGGUCAUAUAUUUGCGAGCAACUUUGACAAUUUGAUUCUUGGUUUGUUA